CUUCCUUGGGACACGUGAUCCGCGGUAUGGCGGCCCACCGCUCCGGCCCUUUCAAGCAGCAGAAUAAAGCUCAUAAAGGCGGGCGGCAUCGGGGUCGGGGGUCCGCACAGCGGGAUGGCAAGGGCCGUCUAGCACUGAAAACCCUAAGCAAGAAGGCGAGAAAAGAGCUCAGCAGAGUAGACCGGAGGCAUCGCGCCAUCCAGCUUCGAAAGCAGAAGAAGGAGGCGGUUCUGGCAGAGAAGAGACACUUGGGCAGCAAGGAUGGCCCUCCUCAUCAGGUGCUGGUGGUGCCCCUGCACAACAGGAUUUCCCUGUCAGAGGCCUUUCAGCUGCUUCAGGAUAGGGACACUGGAACAGUACACUUGAACGAAUGGGGAAGUACCCAUAGCUUUACACUGCUAUGCCCCCACUUGAAACAUCGGUGGGUUUUCACAUCUGCAAGGCCAGGGGAUCUGCACACUGUUUUAGACAUGGCUAAAGUAGCUGAUACCAUCCUAUUCCUCCUCGACCCACUAGAAGGCUGGGACAGCACCGGGGAUUACUGCCUUUCCUGCCUCUUUGCUCAGGGCCUUCCCACCUAUACACUUGCUGUCCAGGGGGUUUCUGGCCUCCCAUCGAAGAAACAAAUAGAUGCCAGAAAGAAGCUAAGUAAAGCAGUGGAAAAGCGCUUUCCUGAUGACAAAUUCCUCCUGUUAGACACUCAACAGGAGGCACGGAUGCUACUCAGGCAUUUGGCUAACCAAAAGCAACGGCAUCUUGCUUUUCGAGAUCGGCGGGCCUAUCUAUUUGCCCAUGCUGCUGAUUUUGUGCCUAGUGAAGAGAAUAACUUGGUGGGCACUUUGAAAAUCUCAGGCUAUGUUCGUGGGCAGACUCUGAAUGUAAAUAGCUUGCUGCAUAUUGUUGGACAUGGUGAUUUCCAGAUGAAACAGAUAGAUGCCCCCAUGGACCCUUUCCCUUUAAAUUCUAGUGUUAUCAAAUUCCAAAAGGAACCAGGCAUGGCAAAUGAGAUUUGUGCUACAGAUACUGCAGCUGAUAUGGAAGAAGACCUUAAGGUCCUAAUGAAAGCAGACCCUGAUAGACAGGAGUCUUUGCAAACAGAGGUUAUUCCAGAUCCAAUGGAGGGAGAGCAAACCUGGCCCACUGAGGAGGAGCUGAGUGAGGAAAAUGACUUCUUGAAGGAAAGUUCCAAGGUGGUAAAGAAGGUCCCCAAAGGAACAUCCAGUUACCAAGCUGAAUGGAUUUUAGAUGAAGGUGGCGAAAGUGAUGGUGAAGGAGAUGAAUAUGAUGAUAUAGGACAUGAGGAUUUUAUGGAAGAGGAAUCUCAGAGUGAGAGUAGUGAAGAGGAAGAAGAGGAGGAAUGUGAAACUGUGACUAUAGGGGAGUCUGUGCAUGAUGAUCUGUAUGAUGAGAAAGUGGAUGAAGAGGCCGAGGAAAAAAUGUUGGAGAAAUAUAAACAGGAAAGACAGGAAGCGAUGUUUCCAGAUGAAGUGGACACGCCCCGUGACGUGGCUGCUAGAAUUCGAUUUCAGAAAUACAGAGGCCUCAAGAGCUUCCGGACAUCUCCAUGGGAUCCUAAGGAAAACCUUCCUCUAGAUUAUGCUCGGAUCUUUCAGUUUCAGAAUUUCACUACUACUAGAAAAAGUAUUUUUAAAGAGGUUGAGGAAAAAGAGAUUGAAGGAGCUGAGGUUGGCUGGUAUGUCAUACUUCAUGUCUCUGAAGUCCCUGUCUCAGUGGUUGAGUACUUCAGGCGAGGAGCACCCUUGAUUGCAUUUUCUUUACUACCUCAUGAACAGAAGAUGUCAGUAUUGAAUAUGGUGGUGAAACGGAACCCUGGCAACACGGAACCUGUGAAAGCCAAAGAGGAGCUGAUCUUCCACUGUGGAUUCAGGCGCUUCCGAGCCUCACCUUUAUUCUCUCAGCACACUGCAGCGGAUAAACAUAAAUUUCAGAGAUUCCUGACUGCUGAUGUGGCCCUGGUGGUGACAGUAUAUGCGCCAAUCACUUUUCCUCCUGCAUCUGUGCUGCUUUUCAAGCAGAAAAGCAAUGGAAUGUACAACCUCAUUGCUACAGGCCAUCUGUUGUCAGUGGAUCCAGACAGAAUGGUCAUCAAGAGAGUUGUUCUCAGUGGUCAUCCUUUCAAAAUUUUUACUAAGAUGGCAGUAGUGCGUUACAUGUUCUUCAACAGAGAGGAUGUGCUGUGGUUUAAACCAGUGGAACUGAGAACAAAGUGGGGCCGCAGGGGACACAUCAAGGAGCCUGUGGGUACCCAUGGCCACAUGAAGUGCAGUUUUGAUGGGAAGCUAAAAUCUCAGGACACAGUACUGAUGAACCUCUAUAAACGCGUUUUCCCCAAAUGGACUUACGAUCCAUAUGUACCAGACCCAGUACCUUGGAUGAAAAGCGAGAUUUCUUCAACAGUGCUUGAAGUGGACAUGGAGUAACUAAUUCAAAUGGAUUCUGUUUUACUGUUGCCGGUUAGCGCUGUGGGGAUGGGAGCCUAUAGGCUGUGAUAGGGCAAAGUCUGUAUUUUCUACUUUAGCCUGUAAGUCUGCUACCCUUUUUUGUAAGAGACUUCUUGGCCUUGAUGAGGUGUCUCAGUUGAGUAUGGAAGUUUUUCUACUACUUAGUCCAAUACAUCCACUCUCCAUUAGGAUUUUGAUAACUGUUUUAAGAGGGGAAGAUGGAGAGUUGACAGUGACUAGGAAACCAAAUUUCCAAGUAUCUAACAACACUGUAUCCCAUCUCUUUUCAUAAAUUAAACAGAAACAGAUUGAUAAGCUGGCCUUUCAGCUUGCUUCACCCAAGUUAGGGAAGUCAAAUCUACAUUUCCACCACUGAGCACUAUACAGAUGUUCUUUACUUCUGGGGAAACUGUUUGAAAAUGCUGAGACAGCACAGCGGCCACUCCAACACCAGCUGUAGGUUCAAUGAGUAGUUUCAUCCUCUCCCACACCAGCUGGGUUGCAUACUGUUGGUAUGGAAGGGAGUAAGAAUUAGUGAAACAGGAGAAGAGAAAAGAGUCUAGUUGGUUUAAUUAUAAAGGCCUAAGGACAUAUGCCCAGUCUGAAUUUUCUUACUGCUAUGUAUGUGUGCUUGCCAUUGAAGGGCAAGCCUUUCAUUCAUCCUAACUCUGCUUCUGUCAAGAGGGUUGUCAUAAAACAUUUAGGGUUCCCUCCCACAUGUCAUAAAGUCAUAUCAUUAAGUCCCAGUGGGUCAGCUGCUGCUCAUAACAGGAAAAGGUCUUUUGCCUAAGAAGUUGCACCAUUCUUUUAUUUUCCUGUUGGAGCCUUACCUUAAUUUCAUCCUCUGUAACAGUAAAGACAUCGUCCACGAGGUCCCUUAUAAUAGGCCAGGUGUUUAAGCCAAUGCUGGAUUUGACACCAUCUGCUAUGGUUUCUGGAGGAUAAGGAUUGGGGGUCAGUUCCCCUUUCAGUUUAGACUGGUAGCAGUCAUCUGCAUUCAAGGGUUCAGCAGCAUAUACUUUCACACUAGGUCUCAGAGCCUGGGAAGAGGAAUAUUAGACACCUUACAACUAACCACAGCAUUGCCUGCAUAACUAAAAUAGGCAGAACAGGUAACACAUUUCUGCCUAAGUAAGAGCCUUUUCUUUUCUUUUCUUUUUUUUAAAGAUAACCAGUAAGGGGAUCUUAACCCUUGACUUGGUGUUGUCAGCACCACACUCUCCCAAGUGAGCUAACCAGCCAUCCCUAUAUAGAGAUCCGAACCUGUGGCCUUGGUGUUAUCAGCACCACACUCUCCCAGGUGAGCCAUGGGCCAGCCGUAAGAGCCUUUCCUUUGAUGGAUGUAAUAAAAAUAUGACCUUCAAGCACUUUAUAAAUAAAUUGCAUGUGUAAUGCUGGCCUUCAGUCGCCUCAGUCACAUGUAGUUCUACUAGUAAUCUGGGAAAAGGGUAGCCCCUGGCAUGGACAGUAGGUUGGUGAGAUCGAACUCAAGGAAAAGACUGUGAGGGUGCCACUCCAUGUAACUGCUUUUGUGCUAUAAAGUCAUCACGGAUUAAGAAGAGGGUAGUGAGGCACAAGUGCCAAGGGCUGAUGGGAAAGAAUGGCAAUUUUGGGGGACUGUGCAACUAUCUACAAUGCACUAUGAUGUAAAAUGAGUCCUCUAUGCCUGAAGUAAGGAGUCUUCCAGAAACUGUUUUCUCACCUUUACUGUAAUUGCUAUUCCAGCAACCAUUCCUCCUCCUCCUACAGGUACCACCAGUGCAUCCACCAAGGGAACCUUUAGUGAAAAGAAGUGUAAAUAGACUAUUAAUCAGCAGUUUUAUAUGUACAUAUUAAGUAACUAAAGCUGAACAGCUUCUUUAACAGUAGCUAAAGAGGAACUAACUAGGCUGUUUUAUUUUACCUGGUUCAGCACUUCCAGGGCAAUUGUCCCUUGCCCAGCUAUCACUGCAGGUUCCUGGUUGGGAUGUACCAUGAUGCCUUCUGUUUGUUCCAUAAUUUUUUUUGUAACAUUUUCUCUGGACUGAAAGAACACAUUAAUUUAGCUUAUUUGGUUUGCAUUUAAUAGAGUUCCCAACAAGUUUGAUCCAGUCAUUUAACACUUUAUUGACCAUCUACUUUUUUUCAGACUUUGCUCAGGCACUGGGGAUAAAUGUAGAAGUGAAUAAAACAGUCUCUGCCCUCAA